AUGUCGUGGUUAUUUGGUGGACGCAAAUCACAAACGUCUGGGGCCGAAGAGAGCUUUCCAAACGAUUCAAAAUCGCAGGAUUCGCAGAACUCGUUAGGGUUCGACCCCAGCCAGGUAACAAAUGUUUCGAGCAUUAUUUCGACCCCAGGGGCUCUAGACACAUCGAGAUUGCACCCGUUGGCGGGGCUAGAGAGAGGCGUGGAAUAUUUGGACUUGGAAGAAGAACAGUUGUCAACGAUGGAGGGAUCCAAAAGCUUGAUUCCAUCCAGAGGAUGGACCGAUGAUCUUUGUUACGGUACCGGUGCCGUGUAUCUGACGGGUUUGGGUCUCGGUGGCUCGUACGGGUUUUUUGAAGGUCUGAAAAACAUCCCUCCAAACAGUCCGGGCAAAUUGCAACUCAACACGGUGCUGAACCACAUCACUAGAAGAGGCCCUUUCAUCGGUAACAACGCCGGUGUCUUGACUCUUACAUACAACCUCAUCAACUCGUCAAUCGACGCGUUGAGGGGCAAGCACGACUCGGCUAACUCGGUGGUGGCCGGCGCUGUAACCGGCGCUAUUUUCAAAUCGUCCAAGGGCCUCAAACCCAUGGGUUAUGCCUCUGGUAUGAUGGCAGUGGCCGCUGCCGGCUGGUGUGGCCUCAAGUCUGUCUUGUUGUAA